CCAUUUUUCAUGUCACAGAUCGCACCUCAUUAAAAAGCCCCUCCUAAACAAUCUUCAAAAUUCCACUUCAUUUCCAAUUUCAAAUUUUUUUUUAACCUCCUCCUAUUUUUUAUCAAAAUCCAGAUCUCAAAUCUAUAUCUAUAUAUUUAUAUAUAAUCAUAUACGGAUCUGAUCUAUCGAAUUAGAGUAGUUAAUUAAUGGCAGGCGCGGCCUCAGCGCUAUUCCUACUGGAUAUAAAAGGCCGUGUUCUGGUUUGGCGUGAUUACCGUGGCGAUGUUUCUGCUGUUCAGGCCGAACGUUUCUUCACUAAACUUAUUGAAAAAGAGGGAGAUCAAGAAGCCCAAUACCCUGUCGUGUAUGAUAAUGGUGUGACCUAUAUGUUUGUACAACACAACAAUGUAUAUCUUAUGACUGCAUCGAGGCAGAACUGUAAUGCCGCUAGCCUUCUCCUGUUUCUACACCGUGUAGUUGAUGUAUUUAAGCAUUACUUUGAGGAGCUGGAGGAGGAAUCACUUAGAGAUAAUUUUGUUGUAGUGUAUGAGUUACUUGAUGAAAUGAUGGACUUUGGUUACCCUCAAUUCACUGAAGCGAAGAUUCUAAGUGAGUUCAUCAAGACCGAUGCUUACAGGAUGGAAGUUACACAGAGGCCUCCAAUGGCCGUCACAAAUGCCGUGUCUUGGCGUAGUGAAGGGAUACGAUACAAGAAGAACGAGGUCUUUUUGGAUGUCGUUGAGAGUGUCAAUAUACUUGUCAACAGUAACGGUCAAAUAGUUAGAUCAGAAGUUGUUGGGGCAUUGAAGAUGCGGACUUAUUUGAGUGGUAUGCCUGAGUGUAAGCUUGGACUGAAUGAUAGAGUAUUGUUGGAAGCACAAGGACGAUCUUCUAAGGGAAAAGCCAUUGACUUGGAUGACAUCAAGUUUCAUCAGUGUGUGCGCCUGGCUCGUUUUGAAAAUGAUCGCACAAUAUCUUUUGUACCUCCUGAUGGAGCUUUUGACCUCAUGACAUAUCGGCUUAGUACUCAGGUAAAACCUCUGAUAUGGGUGGAAGCUCAUAUCGAAAGGCAUUCUAGAAGCCGUAUGGAGAUAACGGUGAAAGCUCGUAGCCAGUUUAAGGAGCGUAGCACUGCAACAAAUGUUGAGAUUGAAUUGCCGGUGCCUGCUGAUGCUACCAAUCCAAAUGUUCGGACUUCUAUGGGAUCAGCUGCCUAUGCACCAGAAAGUGAUGCACUUAGCUGGAAAAUAAAAUCAUUUCCUGGUGGCAAGGAAUACAUGUUGAGAGCUGAGUUCAAACUUCCCAGUAUUACAGCCGAAGAAGCGGUUCCUGAGAGAAAAGCUCCUAUUCGUGUGAAGUUUGAGAUACCAUAUUUUACAGUUUCAGGAAUUCAAGUCCGUUAUCUAAAGAUCAUUGAAAAAAGCGGUUAUCAGGCUCUUCCAUGGGUGAGAUAUAUAACAAUGGCAGGCGAAUAUGAACUGAGGCUCAUUUGAAAUUUUAUUUCAAGCAAGUGUUUUGUAUUUAAAUCUGAAUGACUUCGGAUGAUAAACAAGUAUAUGUUCACAAUCUAAAUCAAUUGUUUGUCAAGAAAUUUCACUCCAACACGAAUUUUGUAUUUGUUUUGCACACUUAAUCGCAUGUACUAGCAAAGAAAGAUAUUUGUGAUGUUUA